AUGGCUACCGCUACUGCGACAGCGAGACAGAUUCGUCUCUCGCGCGAAGACGAAGGCAUCGUGGCCCAUCAGGUGAGGGAGGAUUCCGCCCGCGUGGCGAGUGAAGUCUUGCAGGAUGAUAUGCAGUCGCAUCAUGUGUUUUUUAAUCAGAUGGGGUUUCAUAACCACAUCCCCCAUCACAUCCUGAGCAUCUGGGCCCUGGGCGCAUCGCCCGAGCAGAUCCAAGCUGCGUACGACAGUAACAAAACCUAUCAGCGGCGGGCGCUCCCGGUGGAUGAGAAGGUGGUGCAAGGAUUGACGGAUGCGGGGACGUUUCUGGGUUAUCUGGGGAAAGAGAAGCAUUAUAGUAAUUAUUUGGCCUUCUUUCAACAGCAGAUUGAGGCCAAAGGAGUGGAACCGGUGCUGCACGAGUAUUUGUUCUCCGGGACGGAGGUGGCGGAGAGGAUGUUGGUCAUGUUGUUUGGAGGUCUCAUUCAUCCGUUCAUUCACUUUGGGUUUGGAAUCGAGUUUAAUCAGCCGGCGCUUGUUGCCGAAGGUCUGGCGCAGACGGCCGUUCAUGAUCAAUGGACGGGUCCGUUGUUCUUCUGGCCCGUGGAGAAAGCGGCCGGGGGGGUGGGCAAGCCGGGGAAGAAGUCCAUGCUACAGAUUCUAGAGGAGAUUCAUGCGGAUGAAAAGCUGGCACGGUCUGCGCGGUGGGAGGACAGCGGCCGGAUGCAGAAUGGGGUGCUCAAGAGGGCGGCAGAUGAGAUGAUCAAGUAUGCGGCGCAGUUUACGGUCUCGGAGGAGCAGAUUGAGGAGAAGACGGCGGAGGUUAUCAAUACUGUGGCGUACUUUGCCAGUGCUGCGCAGCGUCCCGAUAAGCAGAUCAAGUUCGAUUUCUUCUACCUUCAUGGUGUCACCUCGUCGAUAUUCCUAUCUAAGAUCAUCACGCUGCCAUUCUUGGAUGCCCGGGCUAAAGCGCGGCUGCUGGAGUGGACGGGUCGUCUAGAUCUGAUGCUCUAUGUAGCUUACGGGACGGCGGAGCUCCGUCUGGAUGAGAUUACGAAUUAUCCGGCAACGAAGAGCUGGGAGACUAUCUUUGCCUACAGUCGUGCGCAGGCGAGUGAUGAUGGACAUCUGCCAAAGUUGGUCAGAGCGUUGAAGAAUGGCGAACAGGCUUGUCGUCCGUUUGAGGAUCGGGCUGAAGAACUUGGCUUGAAGAUCACGGGUGAUAUGUGGUUGAAGAUAGCGAAUAUGGUGAUGGAUUCCACUUCCGGUCAGAGUUCCUUAUGGGUCCGUGGCGCAGGCUUCGACGAGGCCUGGAAGGACUUUGGGGGACGAUCUCGUCUGUGA